CUAAUAGCAGAAUCAGCUGUUGUAGUAAACAUGGCGUCGUUUGGCUUGGCCCUCACCUCUAGCCGGAGUUUACGGCUCUUGUUUGGUGUUGUGCCGAGGAACUCCAGAGCCGUCCACACCACUGCUGCAGCUCUGGGUAACAAGCCCAUUCAUACUGGACAGUCAUUUGUGGAGGAGGAUUACCGUAAUGCACGUUUUGAAAUAACGCCCAGACAGACAAAUGAUCGCUGGGCUAUCAACUUAAUCAAGGAAGUGCCUCCCAAGGGUGUGAAUGCCCGUGUGGUGGCUUGUGACGGUGGCCCUGGAGCACUAGGUCACCCUAGAGUAUAUAUCAAUUUGGAUGAACCAGGCAAUCAGAGUUGUAUCUACUGUGGACUCAGGUUUUACAAAGAAGACAGUCACUAAACAUCUCUUGAUUAUUGUUAGUACAGUAAGGUAACUUAUGAAAUUUUUAUUUCCUCAUACUGUAUCCUGGUGUUACCAAGUAUGGUACAGUACUUCUUUAACUAGAACUUCUGAAAUGUGGUUGUAUAUAAUGUAUGAAUAAAAUGAUAAUUUUA